AUGCAAAACAGUCUCGUUAAACUGCGCUCCCAGUCUCCGCUUUACGGCCAGCUGGUGAUCGGUCCGCCCGGUGCGGGUAAGACAAGCUACUGCCACAAAAUGCAGCAGUUCCUCGAAAAAAUUGGCCGCAAAGUGGCGAUCGUCAAUCUGGAUCCCGCCAACGAUAACAUGGAAUACAAAAGUGCCGUCGACAUCAUGCAGCUUAUCACUGUACAGGACGCAAUGGAACAGUUCGCGCUCGGUCCAAACGGAGCCCUCAUCUAUUGUAUGGAGUUUCUGGAGACCAAUUUCCAGUGGUUGCUCGAUCAGCUGAAAAGCAUCGAUUGCCAAUACUUCGUAUUCGAUUGCCCGGGUCAGGUGGAACUGUUUACGCACAAUAAUGCGUUGAAAAACAUUUUCGGAAAGCUAGAGCAACUCGGAUACCAUCUUUGUACCGUGCACCUGAUCGAAUCGCAGAAUUGCGCCGAGCCACACAAGUUUAUAUCGUGCCUGCUACUCUCACUGCACACCAUGCUACAGAUGGGACUCCCGCAUGUGAAUGUUCUGAGCAAGGCCGAUCAGCUUAGGGAAUGCGAAUCUCGGCUGCCGUUCAACGUGGAGUAUUACACCGAAGUACUAGAUCUAACCUACCUGCUAGAGUGCAUGGAAAGUAGCCGGUUCGGCAGUCGAUUCACGAAGCUAAAUGCGGCCAUCGUCUCGAUGGUGGAAGAUUACAGUCUAGUGUCCUUCUUGUUGCUCGAUUCACAUCGCCAGGAAAGCCUUCUGAGGCUCAAGAACGCGAUCGACAAAGCGAACGGUUACGUGUACGGAGCGGGAGAGGAAAAGAAUGUAAACACACUGCUCGCCUGUGCCGUCGGAGCGGAAACGGAAACGGAACGGAUGGAGCGCGACUUGGAUCCGUAUCUUAGGUAA